UUGCAAAUAAUUGUCGCCAGUCGCUUGGUUGGUCGGUCGAUCGGUUGAUCGGUUGUUGGUUGUCGUUUGUCGUUUGCCGGUUUCAUGUCGCCGUAGUGAAUCUAUCUAGUUUUGGAUCUUGGCUAAUAUGCAUGGCAAACAUACAUACGAAUAGAUAAAUAAAUAGAUAAAUAAUAAUAAUAAUAAAAAAAAAAACAUUUAUAAAUCGAACUUGAGCUUGAACUAUAAAGUGCCUUCAUAACUCAAUUUUUGCUUACGUGAUAAAUUUAAUAAUGUCCAGCUAAAAUUAAGUGAAACUGAUCAAACUGAACAAAACAAGAAUUAAUAAAAAAUAAUACAUUUUCGGUUAACAAAUAUUUGACCUGAAAAUAUGGUUGAGAAGGCCUCGCCCACCUUGACACUCGAGCGUCUGAAAAAUCUGCAAUGGCACAAGAUUUUCCAUAUGUUCUAUAUAGAACCGGUUGUCUUCAUGUUACUCUUCUCGCACACACUAUCGGGCACAAUCCAACGUAACCAGGUCAUCUAUCAGACGUGCACAGUGAUUUUCCAUUACAACGAAAGCGACUGCAAACAGUUGGAUAAUAAAAAUGCUAGCGCUGAAAUAAAUGCCAUUGAAACGGAGUUGCAACCGUAUGUGGCCAAUUUGUUUCUCACUCGGACCCUUUUAGAGAGUAUAGUGCCGGCUUUUUGUGGACUCUUCAUUGGAUCCUGGUCCGAUCAUUAUGGAAGGAAGCCUCUGCUUGUGGUUUCCAUGAUCGGUUUUUCCGCCUCCUUCUGGCUAAUGGCUCUGAUAUGCCAAUUGUCCAGUUACUACGUUGUGAAUCCUUGGUGGUACAUUUUAGCUGCAGUGCCUCAUUCACUUCUCGGGGGCAAUUGCGUCUUUUCGGUAGCCGCUUUUUGCUUUAUAUCGGAUAUAACCGACUGCAAGACGAGACCCUAUCGCAUGAUCUUCAUGGAAUCGCUGUUCUUCAUUGGCCUGACCAGUGGAUCCCUACUCUCCAGUUUUGUAUAUGCAGCGACUAGUGCGGCCGUAACCAUUGGCCUGUCCGGGUGUAUAGUCACAAUUGCCACAACAUUCAUCAUAUUCUUUGUGCCCGAAAGUCUCCACUUUCGCCAGGAGCAAGAUGCGAAACUGGAAAAGAAAAUGGCCAUGGAAAAGGAAAAGGAAUUGGACAAGAAUAUGCCAAUGACUGAAUGCAAUUUCAUGGGUCCCGUACUGCACAAGCAGACGGGUCAGGAACUGCCCACUCCGGCCACACCAGCCAUGACUUUCGACGAAGAUCUGCUGGCCAAAUAUGUGGAAAGGUUGCCAGAGAAGGCCGAACAACGGGCCAGAGAGCUGGAGGUGGCUGCGGGGCCCAAGGAGAAGGCUGGCCUAUUCAGUGUGGUCCACAUCAAAGACAUGAUUAGCACCUGCUUCAAGCCACGCGAAAAUCAUGCUCGUGCAAUUAUUUGGCUUGUGACAUUGGCCAUGUUCCUGUCCAUCUUUGUGUUCGAUGGCGUGAUGACUGUCAUGUAUUUGUUUGUCCGCGAGAAAUUUCAUUGGACUGUCAGGGAUUACACUUUCUUCGAGACAGUUAGCCACCUGGUGCCUAUGGUGGGAGCUCUUAUUGGUUUCCUAAUACUGAGAAAGGUCUUUCGUCUCUCGGUGGUUACUUUGGCCUUGCUGGCCUUCUUUUCGGAAAUACUCAACAAUUUGGCCAAGGGUUUCUCCACUUUGCCCUGGCAUAUGUAUCUAUCGGUGGCCUUGGGUGUCUUUCGUUCCAUUUCGGGUCCCAUGUGUCGCACCAUUGUGUCCAACAUCGUGCCGCCCUCCGAUUUGGGUAAAAUCUUCUCCAUAAAAAAUGUUUUGCAAUCGUUUGCACCUUUCGUGGCCGCCCCCCUCUACACGUUGAUCUACAAACGUUCCCUAACCACAUAUCCGGGGCUAUUCAAUUUUGUUAGCUCCUCGUUAUAUUUGCUCUCGUUUGUGUUUAUGGGAUGUGUCUUGCGCAUUAAGUUCAUGCAUAAGGAUCAUUAUGCCAAAGUCCUGAAGUGAUUCCAAAGGAAUUCGAGCAGCCUGUAAGCGUAGUAACUAUUUAUUUUGUGAUGCAUCCAGCCCUUAAUUAAUAAAUGUUAACUUGUAGUAGCUAAUAUAAAUAUGUACAUAUAAUUCAUUCCACUCUUGCGAUAAAGAUCAUAAUAAUACUUGAA